AUGCCAAAAACUAAUGAUAUCUUACCUACUUCUAUUGAAGAUGAAAGAGUUAAUGCUAUUCAACUUCAACAAGAUACUCUAUCUUAUGAAAGAGAAGAAGCUAAUCAAAUAAUUGAAGAUUUAAAUAUAUCAUACGAAGAUAGCUCUUAUGCUACUUCAGUAGCAAAUGCAUUAAAUGAAUAUUUUUAUGAUUUAGAAAAAAAUAUUCCAAUUGAAGAGAUUUUGAAUGAAAUGGAUAUCAUAAAUUUGAUUAAUAUGGAGAUAUGUAGUAAAGAUAAUGAAUUAAAUAAUCCUGAUAAUUCUGAAGAAGAGCCAGUAUUAAAUGAUGCAGACAAAUCAUUAACUAAUUGGAUAAUGUUUUUCAAACAACAAGAUUCAGAUGAAUUUACAACCGAAGAUUUGCAUAUUUUUAAAAAGUAUUAA